AUGUCUUCCUAUACCACCACCACAACAACCACAACCGACAGAGCCCGCUCAGGAGCCCGGCACCACAGCAGACACAGCGGUUCUUCAUCCUCCUCUCGUCACAGGAGCUCCUCCGUCACCAGCGAACGAUCCUCCAACCGCAGCAAUAGAAUCAGCAGGCACCAUUCCUCAAGUACUGCGUCCCCUGCUUCGCCCUCCGAUGCCCGCACCUCCAUCCAGCGAGAAGGACCCUCCGCAAAGACCACACCCAUGCACGACGACACCGACGCCGGCCGGCUCAUCCCCACAGUCAGGCCCGCUCUCGCCAUCGACUACCUCGGCAAUGGCUGGAACAACGAGGACGAUAUCGCCGCUUCAUGGAAGUUCAUGACUAAGCAAAAGAACGACCUCAUCAACGGCUUGCGACUCGAAAAUGCCUCCUGGCGUAAUUGGGCCAAGCAGCGGCACAACCUCAAGACUAUCAAUCCAAAAACCCUGAACUGGCUCAAGGAUUGCGAUACGACCUGGCUAUAUGGACCGCUCUAUAAGGCCAGCAUAGACGAGUUCGAUCUUGCUCGGUUCGGCGCACAGACGAUACCAGGAGGAACAAAGAUACCCACCUCGCCAACUUCGCAGAGCGGACUUAAACCCGCGCUCAAGCACAAGACCGCAUCAGAGCUCUUCAAGGCUGAUACGCUUUUCCAUGUCCAGUCGGAUCUUAAAUUGGAUCGAAAAAUCGAACCCAAAACCAAGGCACAGGAAUCACUGGUCAUUAAGCAGCAUCGCCAGCCAAAGCUACGCUUCAAUGACUCCGUCGAGCAGUGUGUAUCGGUUGAUACGGAGGCUCUUUCAGAUGAUGAGCUGAUCGACGAUGAUGAAGAGGAUGCAGGAAUCUUGAUGCGGAUUUCCUCCAAGCGUCCCGCCAGGAGUAUUGUGCGGAUCAACCCAACUAAGUUGAAGGCCGAAAGUAUGCAUGGGAUGGAAUCUGAAGAUGCAGUCGAUCCGGCUGCCUAUAUUGAGAACCCCUAUGCAGGGUCAGAGGCUGCAUAUAUCAAGUCACAGCACGACGAUUCUGACCAGAACGAGGGUGCUUCUGGCACGAACGCACGGUAUUUGGAUGCUGAUACAGAAAAAGCGCACCCUGUAAGGGGAGGAGGUAUCGGACAGAGGGCUGCGGUUAUUGUGAGCAACGUCAAGGAUAUUGUCCACUGGGCAUCUUCGCUGGUCUAUAACAGCAGCGCCUUCUGA